CAAGGGGACAGAGCUGCAAAAUAAGGAGCCGGCCAUUUAAAACUGAGGUCACGUUGUUUCGAUCAUGGGGCGCAAGAGGUCAUUCCCUCUCAUCAAUUCACAGGAUUACAGUGCCAGGAAUCAAGCGGAGAGACAGGCCGUCAACUUUGUUGUACAAGGUUCUGCAGCUGAUAUAUGUAAGAUGGCAAUGAUAAAGAUUUUCAUGAGUGUUGCCUCAUCCUCCUCUCUUACAGCAAGGUUAGUGGCCCAGAUUCACGAUGAGCUGCUGUUUGAGGUGGAAGAUUCUCAGAUUCAAGAAGUGGCAGGGCUUGUAAAAUGCACCAUGGAGUCACUGCAUUGUGUGGAGGCUCUUGGAGUCUGUCUGAAGGUCCCUUUAAAAGUGUCUCUCAGCACAGGGAAGUCGUGGGGUUCAAUGAAAGAGCUGUAAGAUGUGGAGAGUUGCCAUACACCCGCCUGUUCCACAAAGCUCUGACAAGCACCAGUUGUACUACUGCUUUUGUUCCUCCCAGUGCUGCCUCAUAAGUAACUUUCCUCUCUCUGCUUUGGGCGCCUGGGGCAAAACUAAGAGCACUCAGCUGGUUUUUACCGGAUUAUAUGGAUUGAUGUAAUUAGCAAGGUGUUUCUAAGUAAGUGGUGUUGCACUGCAGGUUUUAGUAGAUUGUUUCCUUCCUCUUUGUUUGAAAACACUGUUUAUCGCUUUUUCUGGAUAAUAAUUAACUGUUGGUUAGUCCCUCUCAUCUGCAUUUGCUGCUGACCAAUGUCGUUGUUUUACUUAUUUAUUAGGAUGCAAUUCAGAUCAUUGGGUCUGUGCUUGCUCCCCUCAGAGCAAUCCCGUUCCCUCUCCUUAUUUAUCUGCAAUCCUGCAGUUUUACUCCCUCUCACAUGCCUUGUUGCUCAGUUAAAACCCCUGCACCCAGUUCGUAGACAGGGGCCACUAUAACACAGCCAGUUCCUCCUGUGGAAAAACUCGUAGUUUAAGUACCAAACUAGACUUCUAUUAAAAUAAUUACGUUACAGAUGUAGCAGAGAUCGGGUUCACGAGUGCCCCUGUUAACUUCACAUUUAAAAAAGUAGCAUCAAUUGCUUUACUGCUAUUUCCCUCCAACUUUUCUUCCUUUCUCUCUACAUUAGAAUUUCCACGCCAGUUUACCACUUAAACGUAGAAGUAAUUUCUUCCAAGUGUCCCCAUCGUCCUCACGGGUGUUGGUUGAAGGUCUGUGGCAAAAGCAAAAUUGAUGAGGAUUUGCCCUCCAGGUAAUCAGUCAGUACAAGCUGUGUGUGCUGGGUGUGAGAUCCUUUCGAUGUCGCUCCCACUCACUGUGAUCCAACAUAUUGGUAC